AGGCUUUAAAUCUGGAAAAACCGCCAGUUAGCUAUAGCUUGGUCCCUCGCUGGUCAAUCUUAAGCUCUCUGAGCUCACUUCCAUGGCGUCCGCCGGUUCUUUGCUCUUUCCGGUUAAAUUUUCUUCCAUUGUUUGCUCUGGAACCAAGUCAUUUCCAGGAAGUUCAGGUAAUAAUUCCACUCCGAUUUCGGUUUCCUUUUCGACUCAGCGAUUGGCUGUGUCCACCACGGAAGACCAAGCACCGGCGGCGAAGAAGAAGAUCUCAGAGCAGAGAAAUUUCAAGAAGUCGGUGGAGGAGGAAGAAUCAGUUCAUACGACGUCGUUUCCAUGGGAGGAGAGAAAUUGGUUUUAUGCUGAGUUGGAUGAGGUUGAUCGGAUAGAGGAGAGGCAAACGAGUGUAAAGGAUUACUUGGAGCAGGCCAAGGAUUUGAUUAGGUCCGAUGGUGGACCGCCUCGCUGGUUCUCGCCCUUGGAGUGCGGGUCCCGCUUGAAUGAUUCUCCUCUGCUUCUCUUUUUGCCUGGAAUUGAUGGCGUCGGGCUUGGACUUGUAAAGCAUCAUCAAAAGCUCGGAAAAAUAUUUGACAUAUGGUGCUUGCAUAUUCCGGUUGAGGAUCGCACAUCUUUUGUGGAGCUGGUGAAGCUGGUUGAGAGAACGAUAAGGUCUGAGCAUGAUCGUUCGCCAAAUAGGCCCAUAUAUCUUGUUGGAGAAAAUAUUGGGGCAUGCCUUGCGCUAUCUGUGGCUGCCCUUAACCCUAAUAUUGACCUCGUUCUGAUUUUAGCCAAUCCGGCUACGUCUUUCAGUAAGUCGCAACUUCAAUUUCUAACACCUUUAUUGGAAGUCAUGCCCGAGUCUGUCCAACUUAGCCUACCUUACAUGCUCAGUUUAGUUACAGGUGAUUCUUUAAACAUGAUUAAGGCUAGUUUUGAGAAGGGACUUCCUCUGCAAAUGGUUGGACAGCUAACCCGUGGUCUAGAUGAAUUGUCGUCUUACCUCCCUGUUCUAACCGAUAUUUUACCAAGAGAGACACUAAUUUGGAAGGUACAAAUGCUUAGAUCAGCUUCUGCAUUUGCUAAUUCACGCCUCCAUGCUGUAAAAGCCGAAACUCUAAUACUUUGCAGCGAAAAGGACCUGUUGCUACCUAGUAAGGAGGAAGGUGAAAGACUCUACCAAAUAUUGCCAAAUUCUAGGAUUCGUAAUUUUGAGGAUAGUGGUCACUUCAUCCUAUUGGAAUAUGAAACUGAUUUGGUAACUAUCAUCAAGGGUGCUAUUUUCUACCGUCGUUCAAAAAAGCCGGAUUAUGUUUCUGAUUUCCUUCCCCCGACCCCUACUGAAUUCAAAAAGAUUUUGAAGUCAAACGAAUGGAUUAACGUGGCUGCCAGCCCAGUUAUGUUCUCGACUUUAGAUGAUGGGAAGAUUGUGAGAAGCCUUGCCGGAAUACCUUCAGAAGGUCCUGUCUUAUACGUUGGUUAUCACAUGUUACUGGGAUUAGAAUUGGCUCCCCUUGUAUCGCAGUUGUUGAUUGAAAGAAAUAUCCUUGCCCGAGGAAUAGCACAUCCUAUGAUGUUCAUGAAAGUAAAUAAAGGAAGUCUACCUGAGUUUUCACAUUUCGAAUCAAUGAGAAUUAUGGGGGCAGUGCCUGUGUCUGGAAUGAACUUCUACAAACUUUUCUCUUCUAAGUCUCAUGUCUUACUAUAUCCGGGUGGGAUGCGCGAGGCUCUACACCGAAAGGGUGAAGAAUACAAGUUAUUCUGGCCUGAACAGUCGGAGUUUGUGAGAAUGGCAGCUAGAUUUGGAGCAAAAAUAAUACCAUUCGGAGUCGUUGGGGAAGAUGAUAUUGGAGAACUCUUUUUUGAUUACGAAGACCAAAUGAAAAUUCCAUAUCUAAAGGCUCAGAUUGAAGAAUUGACAAAUCAAGUUGCCAAGUUGAGGAGCGACGCAACUGGAGAGAUAGCGAACCAACACGUACACCUCCCAGGAAUUCUACCGAAACUUCCUGGCCGGUUCUACUAUUAUUUUGGGAAACCAAUCGAAACAGAAGGGAGGAAGAAGGAACUACGAGACAGGGAAAAAUCUCAUCAACUUUAUUUACAUGUCAAAUCAGAGGUUGAGAGAUGCAUAGCUUAUUUGAAAGAAAAAAGAGAAAAAGAUCCUUACAGAAACCUAUUGCCUCGGUUAGUUUACCAGGCCACUCAUGGUUUUACAUCUGAAGUUCCUACAUUUGAAAUUUGAUUACGACAUUCAAUUUAUCAUCUAUUUGUACAUACUUCCUCACUGCUCUGUUUUUAGCUCUUCAAUUGUUUGGUAAUUAAAUAUUUUGUGGGGUUUAUAUUGCAAAACAAACUAGUGCUCAUUUUAGCUAUUUAUUUUGCGAGGCCAUGUUGAUUAUAAAUUUGCUAAUGAAGCCUCUGAUUAGGAAACUGUCAUUUGUGUAUAUAUAUAUAUAUACAUAUUUUGUUAA